GGCGUAGUGAUAUUGGCCGCCGUCAUUCUUCCCCCUCCCUGUUCGAUAUCGACUUUCUUGUGCAGCAUCAUGAGUUCUGAACCCGAUGUCCAUAGGGCCAUUUCGAUGAAACCGAGCCCGUUUCAUGCACACCCGCACAGAUCGGAACGGACUGCCAGCCCCCACCCGGCAGCCUCCGUCUCCGAUGCGGCCCUCUGCGGCACCAGCACCGCGAUAGAGACGUCUAAGGCGCCAGACAACCACGAUCCCGUUGCCCGUCACGGACACAGCCACGAGAGCGAUGUCGAGAGCCAAUCGCUCCCCCAGUACACACCCGACAACGACCCCUACCGCCUCGCGGCUGCCCUGAAGCCAGAGAGUGAACUUGCCGAGAUAAGAGCGAAUACCUCCAAGAAGCGUGAUGGCUGCGGCCCCAUCACAUUGAACAAGAAGGCCUACCAAGCGAGGAAGCUAGAGAAGUUCUACGAGGCCCAGAAUGAGAAUAUCGAGCGGUUACUGAAGCCCGUUGACGACCACCGCCGUGAUGCAAAGGAGGAAGAGGGUGCCAAUCACCUCAAAUAUCGGAUCGCUGUAAUUGGUAGCUUCGUCGCCAAUAUUAUCCUCGCAGCAUUGCAGCUGUACGCCGCGGCCUCAUCACAGUCGCUGUCCCUGUUCACAACCAUGGCCGACUCUCUAUUUGAUCCUAUGUCAAACCUUACCUUGAUCCUGUGCGCUCGGGCCGUCAAGCGCGUCGACGGCCGCAAAUUCCCCUCUGGGAAGGCCCGGAUCGAGACUGCGGGAAACAUAUUCUUCUGCUUUCUCAUGGUCACUGUCUCUGUCGUGCUAAUCGUUGAGUCGAUUCGGGAUUUGGCAGUACACAACUCGAAGCAGGACACCAAGCAGUUCCAUCUUCCAUCCGUCAUCGCCGUGGGCAUCGCAUUCGCCACCAAGUUCUCCUUAUUCCUGUAUUGCUGGGCUCUGCGGAACAUGUACUCACAGGUCCGAAUUCUUUGGGAAGACCACCGCAACGACUUGUUUAUCAACGGCUUUGGUAUUCUCACUUCGGUUGGAGGUGCGAAGCUCAUUUGGUGGCUGGAUCCGAUGGGAGCUGUCAUCCUGUCGACCCUCAUCAUCUUCCUGUGGAUGCGCACUGCCUACUCAGAGUUCCAAUUGCUCAUUGGAGUCACUGCCGAUACUAACACGCUUCAAUUGAUUACCUACAUAUCCAUGACACACUCCCCUUUCGUGAGGCAAAUUGACACCGUCCGCGCCUACCAUUCGGGUCCUCGAUUGAUCGUCGAGGUCGACAUUGUAAUGGACCCCGAAGAAUCAUUGCGUGCGACGCACGACGUAGCGGAAGAGCUCCAGAUGAAACUCGAAAGCUUGCCAGAUGUCGAGCGUGCUUAUGUUCAUGUCGAUUAUGAGACUAGCCAUGCGCCAGAGCAUUUCCUGAAGAAGGAAUUGUAGAGGACAUCGAUUCUCUCAGCUCUGGAUCCCCACUUCCAAUUCACGCCAUUUCUCAUAGGAUGAAUUGAGAACGAAUUUCCUUCAUGGAGUCGGAUUUUGUUACAGCGAAGUACUUGAGGCCCAGGCGAUAUCGCUUGGCUACUUCGUUGGUACGUUACGGGCGGUCUUGUGCAUAUUGCUUUUGCUGCAUCGCGGGGACUGGCAUUGUAGUCGUGGGCAUGACCGACUGGGUUGCAUAGAUUGGCUUAAACGGUUCUUAUUAAUACUGUUCUUGGAAUU